AUGCGAGAACAGAUGUGCGACGCCGCGGGCUCUACAAAUACGUUCGCGGUUUUUUCUGAAAUUCUUUCUCAAAUGCAACCAAAAUUGUCUAAAGAACGCUGGCAAUCCACGAGAUAUGCGGAGGUUUCAGUCAAACGCGCACAUACACGUGCUCGAAAGGGAGAGUCCCUGGGGAGGUGGGGCCAAUGUCUCGACUUGAGGAAAUGGACGAACGAUUGCGUAGUGAUAUCGACACAAGUAAUGGUAGAUGGACCUCUCCUAGCAAUUUCCGACAACAUGUUUGUCCACAACAACAGCAAACAUGGGAGACGAGCGAAACGGCUCGACCCAACUGAAGGUACAGAAGCAGCGCUCGAGCCUACUUCGGGUUUAUACCCACCGUUGCCAGUGGCAACGCCAUGCAUCAAAGCAAUAUCUCCAAGUGAAGGCUGGACAUCGGGCGGGUCGACGGUUAUCAUAGUGGGGGACAACUUUUUUGAUGGCCUUCAAGUAGUUUUUGGCACCAUGCUUGUUUGGAGCGAGUUAAUAACAUCGCAUGCGAUACGCGUACAAACGCCGCCUAGACACAUACCCGGAGUGGUGGAAGUCACCUUGUCUUACAAGAGCAAACAGUUUUGUAAAGGAGCGCCUGGAAGAUUUGUUUAUGUUUUAGAGCAGCUAAUGAUUGAUUUUGUUUUUUUCUUUCGCAUAGCAGCUCUCAACGAGCCCACGAUAGAUUACGGAUUUCAGAGGCUUCAGAAACUUAUACCGAGACAUCCGGGCGAUCCGGAAAAGUUGCCAAAGGAAAUAAUAUUAAAACGAGCCGCAGACCUAGCCGAAGCGUUGUAUUCGAUGCCUCGAAAUAAUCAGCUGGGCCUGGGUGCUCCGAGAUCACCUCCUGCGAGCAUGCCCUUCAAUUCGUAUACGGGUCAACUAGCUGUUAGUGUUCAGGAAACAGCCGGGUCGCAGUGGACUGACGAGGAGUACGCGCGUAGCGGCGGCGGAUCUGUAUCACCGCGGUACUGUUCAGCUGCUUCCACGCCUCAUGCGUCCUACCCUCAUCCGCAGCAUUACCCAGCUCCUACCUCCAUCUUCAACACCACUUCUCUGUCUCUGGGGCCAUAUCAUCCAGCAAAUAUGAAUGGACACGUAUCUUCUGACCAUCAGCAAUAUCACACGUACAACCCAAAAGAUAGCGGUCAUUAUAUAGAGAGAAACCUGGAUUCAAAAAGCGAUGAUUGUGCCGGCAACUCUCAUACAAAAUGCAACGGCGCUAUGAAAGGGCAAACGAGCAAAGAGAACAAGAAAAGCGCUUUCGCGGUCGUAAGACAAAGUCCGCCUCGUUCAAAUUUUCAACACCAACAGAAUUGGCAACAUCUCGCCGUUCAAUGUUAG